AGCCAAGUUAUUCAAACUUUGAUCACAUCAUCAACUUCACCAAUCACAAAAUAGUUCAACUACAAAGACUUUUCAGUUUGAGAUGAUGCUCCUUUUAAACUCUUAGUUUUCACUCUCUUCAACUUUCACAUAGUCAAUUCACAUUUUCUCACCAUUCAAACAUGAACAAACAACAACAUCUCAUCUUCACUUUCACAAUUUCAAUCUCCCUAACGAUAGCAGUCGGACUCGUCUCAGCUCGUCUUUUCCCCGACGUCCCAUUAUUAAUACCUCCGGUCAUCGCUCCCAGCGGCGCGUGGGAUGCUUUCCGGAACUUUACAGGUUGUCACCAUGGCGAAAACUACAACGGUCUCUCCAAUCUAAAAAACUACUUCCAGCGCUUCGGUUAUUUCCCCCACGCGCCGCUGUUAAAUUUUACAGACGAUUUCGACGAUGACCUUGCAGCUGCUAUUAAAACUUAUCAGAAGAAUUUCAAUCUUAAUAUAACUGGUGAACUCGAUGAGAAGACUCUUCAUCAGAUUGUUUUGCCGCGAUGCGGAGUUGCGGAUAUCAUCAACGGUACAACCACCAUGAACUCCGGCAGGGAGACAGAAACGACGUCCAAUACCGAUAGCAAGCCGCGGUUUCACACCGUGUCUCACUUCACUGUGUUUCCCGGGCAACCGAGAUGGCCGGUGGGAAAGCAGGAGCUAACAUACUCGUUCUACCCCGGUAACGAGCUUACGAAAACGGUGAAAAGCGUCUUCGCAACAGCAUUUGCGCGGUGGUCGGAGGUUACCACGUUGAAGUUCACCGAAACAGAGUUGUAUUCUAGCGCUGAUAUUAAGAUCGGAUUCUUCAGCGGCGACCAUGGAGAUGGUGAGCCGUUCGAUGGAAUUUUGGGGACUCUCGCGCAUGCUUUCUCUCCAACGAACGGGAGGUUUCACCUUGACGCUGCUGAGGACUGGGUAGUUUCCGGCGAUGUGUCGAAAUCGGCGUUGUCGACGGCUGUUGAUUUGGAAUCGGUGGCGGUGCAUGAAAUUGGGCACUUGUUAGGGUUAGGUCACUCUUCCGUGGAAGAGGCGAUUAUGUUUCCGACGAUAUCUUCACGGUUGAAGAAAGUGGUGUUGACGGAAGAUGAUGUAAAAGGAAUUCAAUACAUUUAUGGUAGGAACCCAAGUUUCAAUGGCUCCACGACUAUGUCUUCGCCGGAGAGGAACUCCGGUAGCAGUGGUAGCAGCGUCGCGUCUCUGUGGUCCCCGUGGGGACUUUUCAUUUCGUUGACAUUUGCUUUUUCGCAUUUGAUAUUAUAGGAUUUAUUUAAUUUUAUACUUUUUACUAUUUAGAAAUCAUACGGAACAUUCAUCAUGUGCCAUUAUGUUGAUAAACAUUUUAAAAAGCUAAAAGAAAGUUAAAUAGUUAGAUGUAUCUAGAUAUCAUUUGUGUAAUAUAUUUGGUGUCAGUAUAAUACUAAAUACCCUGUUUGAUAGAA